UAUAUGCGCGAUACGUUAACAAGGUAACUGGCCGUUAACAAAUAUAUGCGCUUUAUAUAAAAUGGUGUCCAGUUUUUUUAUGUGCCUAUUUUGGUCUCUUGAGUCUAAAAACUUUCUACUCAGGUUCCGAUCGUCUCAGGUAUUUUGUCUUAUUUUAAAAAUAAUUGAUUCCUCUUUUUAUGAAAUGUUAUGUGUAAGUAUUAUUUAUCUCAUGUGUAAAAGUUCUUUUAUACUGUCACUGCAUAUGAAUAAGUCAAACUCCAAGUUUAUAUACCACAACUUUGGUUUCUCUAACUAAUGCAAAACCAAAUUUGUCAAUGGCUUACUCCAACAUAUAUUCUAUGCUAUUUUAGCUCAAACUAAGGAUACUAUACCUUUGGGCAGUACUCUUACUACAAAUGAAGAAACUACCCCAUGGCUCUCUCAAUCCAGAGAUUUUGCGAGCAAAUUCAAGAUCAAAAUCACUUCUUGCUUUGCGUAUAUUACGCGAAAAUUAAAGAUAUCACCAUAGUUUGGUAUGCAAAUGGUGGUAAUCUAGUACCACGAGGCUCAAUCGCGGAAUUAAAUCCACAAAGUGGAUUAAUUCUCCGUGUUCCUCAGGGUAAAAUUCUUUGGAGCACUGGUCGAGUUGUAACUAAUGUUGCUUAUGCUGUUAUGAAUAAUACAGGAAACUUUGUUCUUGUUGGAAAUGAUUCUUCAAUUUUAUGGUAAAAUUUUAAAUAUCCAACUGAUACCCUUUUGCCUACUCAAAUACUCGAGAUUGACAACAAGCUAAAUUCGCGAAAAUCAGAGUCUUUAUUUUUUCCAGGUAAGUUUGUUCUUCGUAUUAUGAGUAAUGGGAAUUUGGUGCUUAAUACUCAAUCCAAGCAAACUAAUUUUGAAUCUGAUUCUGAGUAUUAUAACAGUCAUACUUCUGAUCCUGGAAAUGAAGCCAAUUCUGGAUAUCGACUAAUAUUCAACGAAUUGGGCACUGUUUAUAUAUUAAAAAGAAACAAUCAAAGACUUGUGCUAACACCUCCUAAUGUACCUUUAGUUUCAGACAAUUAUCACAGGUUGAGUCUUGAUUUUGAUGGUGUUUUAACUCAUUAUUAUCAUCGUAAGAGUAUUUCUACAGGGAAACAAAAUUGGACUAUUCUUUGGUCUGUGCCUGAUAAUAUUUGUUUAGCAAUUCUUGAAGAAAUUGGAAUGAGUUGUGGGUAUAACAAUGUGUGUCAUUUAAGUGAAAAUCAAAGGCCAUAUUGUGAAUGUCCAAAAGGGUAUUCGUCGAUCGAUCCAAACAAUAAGUAUGGGAGCUGCAAACCAAGAUUUGUUCCAAUUUGUGAUGAAAUUGGACAGGGUAAUCCUGAAGAUUUAUAUGAUUUUGAUGUUGUGACUGAUGUUGAUUGGCCAUUAUCAGAUUUCGAAAGGAUUUAUCUUUCUACUGAAGAAGAAUGCAGGAAAUCUUGUUCGGAAGAAUGUUUUUGUGGUGUUGCUAUUUAUAGAAGUAAUAGUUGCUGGAAGAAGAAGCUGCCAUUGUCAAAUGGGAGAGUGGACACUACUUUGAAUGUAAAAGCUUUUCUUAAAAUAAGGAAAGUUUCAUGCAUGGCUUUUGCAACUGUAUUUUUUCUUGCUCUCUUGCUCUUUCUCCUUUCAGCCAUUUCUCAAUCUUACCAAAAUGUUAGUUUGGGUUCAUCACUCACUACAAGUGAUGUUACUACAUUUUGGCCAUCCCCUUCUGGAGAAUUUGCUUUUGGCUUUCAAAAAGUUGGAAAUGGAGGAUUCAUACUAGCCAUCUGGUUCAAUAAACACACAGAAAAAACCAUAGUUUGGUCAGCCAAUAGGAAUAAUAUUGCCCCUGAUGGAUCCAAUGUUUCUCUCUCCACAGAUGGAAGACUAGGCCUAUUUGAUCCAAAUGGCCAACAGAUAUGGGUUCGUGGCACGGCCGAACUGGCCUAUGGAGCCAUGCUUGACACUGGAAACUUUGUGCUAGCAAACAGUAGUUCAGCCAUUUUAUGGCAGAGUUUCGAUGAGCCAAUCGAUACGAUUUUGCCAGGUCAAGCGAAACAAGGAAAUAAGCUUGUCUCAAGCUUCUCUGACACGAAUGUAUCGAGUGGAAGGUUCGAGCUCAUACUUCAAGAUGAUGGAAAUCUGGUGCUUUACACUGUAAAUUAUCCACUUGAUGCAAUAAAUCGUCCAUAUUGGGCAACGAAUUCAGUUGGCAGUGGUUACCAGGUGAUCUUCAAUCAAUCCGGCUUUAUUUUCCUUCGAGCACAAAAUGGAACUCUGUUAAAUUCGAUAUCUUCUAAUGAGUCAAACUCAACAACAAGCCAAUUAUACCAACGAGCGAUUCUUGAAUAUGAUGGAGUUUUUAGGCACUAUGUCUCUCCGAAAUCUUCUAGUGGGAGGCCCAUGGCAUGGUCUACUUUGCAUAGCAUACCGGAUAACAUUUGUGCCCGCUGGCAAAGUGUUGGAGGGGGUGCCUGUGGUUUCAACAGCAUUUGCUCGAUGGGAACUAACCGGAGGCCAAGAUGUGAUUGUCCAUUCGGGUAUAUCUUGAAUGAUCCGAACGACAAAUUAGGUGGCUGCAGACGAAAUUUCUCUGAGCAAGAUUGUAACCAUGAAUGGAGAGAAAUUGAGGCUUUCACUUUCCGAGAAAUGCUCAAUUCUAACUGGUUUGGCGGUGAUUAUGCGUCUUACCGGGAUGUUCCAGAGGAUUGGUGCAAACAGAAUUGUUUGAGUGAUUGUUUUUGUGUUGUUGCUAUUUAUGAUCAAAACAAAAUUUGUUGGAAGAAAAGGUAUCCGCUUUCAAAUGGGAUUCUGAAACCGUCAGAUGGUGGGAAAGCUUUGAUAAAAAUAAGGAAAGACAACUCCACAGUGGGAUCGCCACCACCACCAACAACAACUACGCCUCAGUUCCAAACAAAAAGGAAAAGUCAAUCUACUCUAAUCAUUUCUGGUUCUGUGUUGUUGGGCAGUUCACUUUUCAUCUUAAUGUUGUUGGCCGUUUUAUAUGUUUUCAAGUUUAAGGGGAAAACGCCAAAGAAGCGUGUGCAAUAUCCAACGGUCCCAGGAGUGAACCUAAGAAGUUUUAGCUACAAUGAGCUAGAAGAAGCUACAAAUGGAUUCAAGGAAGAAUUAGGAACUGGGGCCUUCUCAACAGCUUACAAAGCGGUUCUUAAUGACGAAAAUGGGAAAGUCGUUGCUGUCAAGAAACUACACAAGAUGGAAAGAGAAGGAGAACAAGGAUUCGAAGCUGAAGUGAAUUCAAUCAGUAGGACUAAUCACAAGAACUUGGUCCAACUCCUCGGAUUUUGCAACGAAGGCCAACACCGGCUUUUGGUUUAUGAAUACAUGAAAACUGGCUCAAUAGCAGACUUUCUAUUCAAAGAUUCUAGGCUUAGUUGGUCCCAAAGAGUACAAGUUGCCAUAGACACUGCCAAAGGGCUUUGCUAUUUGCAUGAAGAAUGUAGUACCCAAAUUAUACAUUGUGACAUCAAGCCUCAGAAUGUGCUUUUAGAUGAAAAUAUGAUAGCAAAAAUAGCAGAUUUUGGAAUAGCCAAGCUUUUGAGGAAAGAUCAGACUCGAACGACCACUAAGAAACGUGGCACGAGAGGGUACGUAGCCCCAGAGUGGUUCAGGAACAUGCCUAUAACCGUCAAAGUGGAUGUGUACAGCUACGGAAUCUUGCUCUUAGAGCUGAUUUGCUGCAGAAAAAGUUAUGAGCAAGAUGUGGCAAAUGAGGAUGAAAUGAUACUUGUGGAGUGGGCUUGUGAUUGCUAUAGAAGAAAAGAGUUGCAUUUACUUGCGGGUGAUGAUGAAGAAGCAAUAGAAGAUAUCAAGAGGUUUGAGAAUUUUUUGAUGGUUGCUAUUUGGUGCAUUCAAGAAAAUCCAGCAUUAAGGCCUAACAUGAAAAAAGUCAUGCUAAUGCUUGAAGGUUCUAUUGAUUUCUCAGUUCCUCCUGACCCUUUUUCCUUUAUUAGUUCUGUUUAGAUCAGAAGGGGAGCCUUGGCGUAACUGGUAAAAGUUGCUGCC